AUGGGAAUUAGUUUGGAUCGCUUCACUGCAAUACUUUUUGUUUUUAACGCAAAUUGGCGAAUAACAAAACGUCGUGCAUUAAUAUUGGUUGCUAUAACUUGGAUUUUUUCAACUAUUAUGGCUGCACCUUUGUUUUAUGUCAAUCAGAUUAAAAGGCAUGAUGGUUAUGAUACAUGUGAAGAAUAUGGUUGGCAAUAUUUACAAAAUGUUUUUGGUGAUGGAAUAAUGCAUACAUAUGGUUCUUUAGUAUUUGCCUUACAGUAUUGCUUUCCACUUACUGUUCUCGUUAUUUCUUAUACAGCGAUUGGUUUAAAAAUGUGGAAUAGCGCUGUUCCUGGCGAUAGGACUUCUAGUCGUUAUGUUAUUAGUGGACGUCACGAAUCGGUUAAAAAGAUGAUUCGUAUGGUUCUACUAGUAAGCGCUUUAUAUGCCGGUUGUUGGUUGCCUCAAAAUUUAUUAAUUAAUAUUCUUUUACCUUAUAAUCCAGCAAUUGUCUCAAAUCCAAGGAUUUUAUAUUUUUGAUUUGAGGGUUUCGAUUUACUUGCUGACAGAAAAAACACGAGAUCGAUACGAAUAGUUAAUAUGGGUGCAUAUAUGCCAGUAUCAGGAAAAAAUUCAAUCACUAAUCAUACCUCGACUCCGAAGAGAAUUUGA